AUGGAUUCUUCAUGGAACAUCAUGAAUAUCAUCAAUGAGACAGACGAUGAUGAUGAUGAUGAUGAUGAUGAUGAUGAUGAUGAUGAUGAUGAUGAUGAUGAUGAUGAUGAUGAUGAUGAUGAUGAUGAUGAUGAUGAUGAUGAUGAUGAUGAUGAUGAUGAAUACUGUUACUCAAAAUGA